AUGGAGUGGGUCAAUGAGACUGUGGUGAGCGAAUUUGUCUUCCUCAGCUUCUCAUCUCUGGCUGGGCUGCAGCUGCUGCUCUUUGUUGUCUUCCUGCUCCUCUACCUGUUCACUCUGGGCACCAAUGCCAUCAUCAUUUCCACCAUCAUUCUGGACAGAGCCCUUCAUACUCCCAUGUACUUCUUCCUAUCUGUUCUCUCCUGCUCUGAGACUUGCUACACCUUUGUCAUUGUACCCAAGAUGCUGGUUGACCUGUUGGCCCAAAGGAAGACCAUCUCCUUCCUGGGCUGUGCCAUUCAGAUGUUUACUUUCCUCUUCCUUGGCUGCUCCCACUCCUUCCUGUUAGUAGCCAUGGGUUAUGAUCGCUAUGUGGCCAUCUGUAACCCACUGCGUUACACAAUACUCAUGAGACAUGGGAUGUGUAUGGGACUAGUAGCUUCUGCCUGUGCCUGUGGCUUCUCUGUGGCACAGAUUAUCACAUCCUUGGUAUUUCGCCUGCCCUUCCACUCUUCAAAUAAACUCCAUCACUUCUUCUGUGACAUCUCUCCUGUCCUUAAACUAGCAUCUCACCAUACCCACUUUAGUCAGGUAAUCAUCUUCAUGCUCUGUGUAUUGGUCCUAGUUAUCCCCCUGUUGUUGAUCUUGGUAUCCUAUAUUUACAUCAUUUCUGCCAUCUUACAAUUUCCCUCUGCAUUAGGGAGGUACAAAGCUUUCUCCACCUGCGCUUCUCAUCUUAUUGUUGUUAUUGUCCAUUAUGGCUGUGCCUCCUUUAUCUAUUUAAGACCAAAGUCUAACUACUCCUCUAGCCAGGAUGCUCUCAUAUCAGUAUCCUAUACUUUCCUAACUCCAUUGUUCAACCCAAUGAUCUACAGUUUAAGAAAUAAAGAAUUCGAAUCAGCUCUUCGUAGAGUUGUGGGAGCAACAAUUUCCCUGACACAACAUUAA